UUUGGGGCGUUUUUUGGGCGGUGGAAAAUGAGCGGACUUCGGAACGGUAACAGUGAGCUUUGGUUGUUACCUGAGCUGUUUGUCUUUUGACCAUAGACAGGUUUUUAUGGACGUUAGUUGUACGACUAGUGUGCAGUGAGGCAAUUUACUUGCAUUUGCAAUAUGAAGAAUGGAAGAAGACGAUGUUACUAUCAGAGAACAGAAUUUCCACAGCCAAGUUCGAGAAUACAUUAUUUGUUUCCUACUGUUUGCGGUACUCUACAUUGUGUCGUAUUGCAUCAUCACCAGGUACAAGAGGAAAACAGAUGACCAGGAGGAUGAAGAUGCUGUCGUCAACAGAAUAUCACUGUACAUGUGCACCUUCACCCUGGCCAUGUCGGGUGGGGCUGUUCUCCUCCUGCCUUUCUCAAUCAUCAGCAAUGAGAUCCUGCUCUCCUUCCCCAGAAACUACUACAUUCAGUGGCUCAAUGGCUCCCUCAUCCAUGGCCUGUGGAAUCUGGUGUCGCUCUUCUCCAAUCUCUGCCUCUUCGUCCUGAUGCCCUUUGCCUAUUUCUUUCUGGAGUCAGAGGGAUUUGCUGGAUCAAAAAAGGGCAUUAAGUCACGGGUUCUAGAGACCUUUGUGAUGCUCUUCCUCCUCGGACUGCUCAUCCUAGGAAUAGUCUGGGUGGCGUCCGCGCUCAUCGACAAUGACGCAGCCAGUAUGGAGUCGCUCUAUGAUCUCUGGGAGUUCUAUUUACCGUACCUCUACUCCUGUAUCUCUCUGAUGGGGGGACUGCUUCUCCUGAUGUGUACUCCUGUGGGCCUGUCCAGGAUGUUCACAGUCAUGGGCCAGUUACUAGUCAAACCAACCAUCCUGGAGGACCUGGAUGAGCAGAUUUACUGCGUCACUUUGCAAGAAGAAGCCCUUCAAAGGAGAUUGAACGGGUCAACAUCAUCUCACUCUCGUUCCCACGGAAACGCUCACCGACUCAACAAAGAACUGGACAUCGUCCGAGAUCAGAGGAAUAAACUGGAGAGGAGGAAGAAAGCCUCUGCAUGGGAGAAGAACCUGCUGUACCCCAUUGUGAUGUUAAUACUGCUCACAGGGACGACCAUCUCAGUCCUGCUGGUGGCGCUGAAUAUCCUUUAUCUGCUGGUGGAUGAGACGGCCAUGCCAAAGGGAUCAACGGAUCGGGGACUUGGGAACACCUCACUGUCCACGUUCGGAGUCGUCCAGGCCGUGGUGGAGAUCGUCCUCAUGUUCUAUUUGAUGGUGUCCUCUGUUGUCGGCUUCUACAGCUUGCGAGUGUUUGAAGGCCUCACUCCCAGGAAAGACGACACGACCAUGACAACGAUCAUUGGUUGCUGUGUGUCCAUCCUGGUGCUGAGUUCAGCCCUGCCAGUCAUGUCCAGAACACUUGGUAUCACCAGGUUUGACCUUCUCGGAGACUUUGGGAGAUUCAAUUGGCUGGGAAACUUCUAUAUCGUCCUGUCGUACAACUUGCUGUUUGCCGUGGUAACUACCCUCUGCUUAGUCCGGAAGUUCACCUCAGCGAUCAGAGAGGAACUCUUGAAAGCAUUAGGUCUGGAUAAAUUACAACUGUCAAACAGCCCCACAGACACUGAGUCUGGGAAGAUCGCGGCCAACGGGCAUCAGAAGACUCUGUGAAAGAGACAACAGACACACACACACACACACACCUCAUGGCAGCCAAAGGGAGAUUUUGACAGUACUGGGAUUGAGUCUGUGUAAGAGACUUAGUAUACACCGACAGUGUCUGACGGCACUGCGAGCUGAGGGGAAGAGUAAUUUAGCUUUGUGACAUUCCAUCUUCUUCCUCCUGGAUCGAUGGAUGCAGGACUUGGACAGGGACAAAUUUGAGCCCCCUGACAGACUGGCAUCAUCACAACAGUUGAUGUUGACCUCAACAGUGACUCUGACCAUGGGCCACUCAGCCGAUGUCUGGGGGACUUGCUCUCAGCACUAAUGUCCUUCUCCCCACCUCAAUCUUUUCAUACAUUCGAAUUCUAACCUCUACCCAUCUCAGUCUAACCUCUUGCGUUCCGUGCUUCCCUGAUCACUUUUUAUCUGUUACCCCCCCCCGUAAUUGCACUAUGCCCUAUUGGCUCGGAGGUGCAAUGUAACCUUACGAUGCAGAGGCUGAAGAGAUGCUUGCUGACUAGUAGCCAUUUUUACACUUAUGUCCUAUUUCAAUGUCUGUCGGUUUCCAACCUGUUCUAUUUCCACCACAGUUACUGAGCCCAUGCAGUGCAUUUCACCAAUUUUAAAACCCAUUUUGGUUAUAAAAUGCACCUCAGUGUGUUAUUUGGAGAGAAAAAAAAACAGCACCUUCUCACAAGUAUAAUGAGAAGAGAAUUCCUUUUUUUGAGAAUCAGGAAGUAAAUGUGACAUCAGUGGCCCAUGGGGCAUUCACAAUAGAGUAUCUGUAUUAUAUGUAAAGACUUGGUGGUCUCCCAUAGUCACCUUAUUCAGUAUCUCGUAUGUAUAGCAGGGCUUGCCAACCCUGGUCACGAAGAGCUAACCUCCUGUAGGUUUUCGCUCCAACCCCAGUUGUAACCAACCUGAUUCGGGCUUAUCAAGCAGGUAAUUAUUAGAAUCAGGUGUGAUGGAUUAGAGUUGGAGACAAAUCUACAGGACAGUAACUCUCCAGGAAAAGGGUUGGCGAGCCCUGGUGUAUAGUAUUUGGUAUGGAUGGCUUCUGGUUUGAUAAGUGGACAUUUUAUUUUAAUUUAUUUUUAUUUUUAUAUCCACACAUUUUGAAAAGACGAGGGCAUUCUUUGAUAGACUUACUUGCUGUUGAACUCUUGCAUUAAAAAAAAAAAUUAGUACUGAUUUACUCUUCAUUUUGCAUAUUGCUUUUAGCCGUUUUACAUGUCCUCACAGGCGUCUGUGUAUCACCACGUCUUCCCUCUUUGCAGAGCUUGCUGGUACAUUUAGUACCUGUUCACCUAAGUGACCACACCAGAGAUCAGUCAGUGUCUCCUCCAUUGACAGACUGAAUGGGGAGGAACUAGCCCAUCCUUCCAUCUUUCUGGUCGUCUCAGGCCAGUUGUGAAUGUGUCACAAUGUGCUCCUUUUAUUUUGCGUCACCCACUCUGUACUGUGCGUUCAUUAUUUUGUCUCAAUUUGAAUGACUCUUGUUUAGUUGCUGUUGAUUACUCUCGAGAUGGGAAAACUAUAGUGUUCCACACCUUUUUUUUUGCUUUCAAAGUUUGGUCCUGUGGGUGGAUGUUCUGAAAAUGUUGUGUGUCUCAUAAGCUUGAUCUCCCCAAAUGACUACUAUGCUAUUUUAACAUCUUUUAAAAAUGUAUUUCACGGGGCACUAAGCUUUGUUGAACCUCCUUUUUAUUGUACAUUUUGUAAAGUUUUCAUUAUGAAGAAUAAUCUCAAAGUGCAUAAUAAAAAAAAAAAUCAAAAUACAUAUUUUAACGCAACUAGACCGGGUCACUGAGACAAAGAUCCCAGCUGACACUACAAGCACAGCUGUCAACAGAAAGCCUUCCUAAAGAGAAAGGUCUUUAGACCCGUUUUAAAGGAGCCCAGAGUCUGUGGUGCCUUCAGGUGGUCCGGGAGAGUGUUCCAGAGGCUGGGGGCAGUCAAACUGAAUGUCACAUUAUUAUAGUCAAUAGCAAAUUAUCCCAAAUGGUACCCUAUCCCCCAAAGUAGUGCAAUAUGUAGGGAAUAGAGUGCCAUUUGGGACAAACAUAACCAGACGGAAUUAUGCUGUCGCUGCAUAUUAUUGGUCCAGGGAGCACACCAUAAGCACAAGAUUACAAUCAUAGUUUUCCAAUGAGUUUGAGGUACACACGGUCUGGGCCUGUUCCAGCCCAAGGGAACAGUUUUGGUUACCUUAGUUUUCCCUCACUUGCCGAGGGUUUGAAAUGUUGAAGCGUGGCCUGUACUGUAGGUGGAGUAGGUAAUCAGAAGCGUUAUGCCCACAGGGGCAUGUGCCCCCUCAGAUUUGUCCUGUUUAGUUGUUUCUCUGUAAUACUGCUAGACCUAGAAAUGUCAUGAAGUUGACUUUAGCUAGCCCAGGUAGGUUCCAAACCUCAUAACUAGCCACCAAAAAGCCAUUUUAAAGCUGUCCGUCAAGUUGAGUAGCUAGCUCGUCUAACUAUCUUAGCUGGUACGCCUACUGGCAAGCUGUAGAAAAGCAAGCAAUAACUUGGUGUACUGAAUGAGACUUGCAUUCAUUUAAAACUGAACCAGGAGGAUACAGACCGCUCAAGAGGUAUAUGCUUAGAUAUAUAUAUUUUACAUAGAAAUAAGCAUGAUUAUGGCUCUAGAAUGCAGUGAAAAACUGAUUUGGAUGUUUGAAAAAUUUGAAAUUCUCCAACCUACACCCCCCCAACCAUUCUCACGUACUUUGUGCCCCCUCUCACAUUUUUGGAUGUAGCUAUAGUUUGUGUCUCUACAUAUAAUUUCCUGCAAAUUAACGUGAAUGUUUUUUUUACCAUGUUCUUUGCUUUGUGUUUGUUGGUUUGUUUGCAAAUAAAACGAUGAACUUUA